CGGAGGAGGCUGGAGCGCGGCAGCGGAGCGUCCAGGCGUCGCUGAGGCACACGGAGGCUGGCGGGGCUCCCGCAGCCGGACCGUCAGGGACACGCCUCGGAGCUCCGGGCCCCGGGCAAGGCCAGGGCGCUGAAGCGAGCGCGAGGCCGCGGAGGGAUGCUGAGCGCCCGGCGAAGGGGCGAGCCGCGCCUGAGGCUGUGAGGUUGCGAGCGGACGCUCCCAGCUCUCCGCGCCCGUGUCCGCCGGUGGCCGGAACGCCCAGAACCGCUCGCCCAGGUCCAGCCCGGCCCCCUCGGCCCCCACGUUGGGCUUGAGUCCUUGGCGUCCGCUGCGCUGGCCGGCUCCCCCCGGGAGCGGGGCAACCUUGACGGGCUUUUUGUCUCGUGCCCCGGCCACUCUCCGCGUCCUCCUCCUCCAGAUGCCUUUUUUCUGCCCCUCCUCACCGGGUGCAGACUGCCAGCGUCGGCUGCGGCUCAGCGCGGGAUACGGGCUCGUUUCCCCGGGGGGGCUAAGGAGGGGCAGUUCUUCCCCUUCUUCGAUGGGAUUUUCCUCUCCUGCCGGAAUGAACUUUCAUUGAUUCCGUCUUCUACAUUUACUGAGCAAUUCCCUGGGCGUAUUUGUGGUACUUCCUUCCCCCGCCCCCUCCUGAAUAUAUAAUCUGUAAAAUGGAGAACGAAAUCUUUACUCCCCUUCUGGAGCAGUUCAUGACCAGCCCCUUGGUCACUUGGGUUAAAACGUUUGGACCUCUGGCUGCAGGAAAUGGGACUAACCUGGAGGAGUAUGUGGCUUUAGUGGAUGGGGUAUUCUUGAACCAGGUCAUGCUCCAAAUUAAUCCUAAGUCAGAGAGUCAACGAGUAAAUAAAAAAGUCAACAAUGAUGCUUCACUUAGAAUUCACAAUCUGUCCAUCUUGGUGAAACAGAUAAAAUUUUAUUAUCAGGAGACUUUGCAGCAGUUGAUUAUGAUGCCAUUGCCAAAUAUCUUAAUCAUUGGCAAAAAUCCCUUUUCUGAACAAGGUACAGAAGAAGUUAAAAAGUUGCUUUUGCUCUUACUUGGUUGUGCAGUUCAGUGUCAGAAAAAAGAAGAAUUUAUUGAAAAAAUUCAAGGUUUAGAUUUUGAUACGAAAGCAGCAGUUGCCGCACACAUUCAAGAGGUAACUCAUAAUCAGGAAAAUGUGUUUGAUCUGCAAUGGAUGGAAGUGACAGAUAUGUCUCAGGAAGACAUUGAACCACUCUUAAAGAAUAUGGUGUCACAUCUAAGAAGACUGAUAGAUGAGAGAGAUGAACAUUCAGAGACUAUUGUAGAACUCUCUGAAGAGCGAGAUGGUGUUCAUUUUCUACCCCAUGCCUCUUCAUCUGCACAGUCACCCUGUGGUUCUCCCGGCAUGAAGCGAACAGAAAGUCGACAGCAUCUCUCAGUGGAACUGGCUGAUGCUAAAGCCAAGAUCCGAAGACUUAGGCAGGAAUUGGAAGAAAAGACUGAGCAGUUACUGGACUGUAAACAAGAACUUGAGCAAAUAGAAGUGGAAUUGAAGAGGCUGCAACAAGAGAACAUGAAUUUGCUUUCGGAUGCUCGGUCUGCUAGAAUGUACCGAGAUGAAUUGGAUGCCCUCCGAGAGAAAGCAGUCAGAGUUGAUAAGCUUGAAAGUGAACUCAGUAGAUAUAAAGAGAGACUACAUGAUAUUGAAUUUUAUAAGGCAAGAGUUGAGGAAUUAAAAGAAGAUAAUCAAGUUUUAUUAGAAACAAAAACUAUGCUGGAAGACCAACUAGAAGGAACUCGGGCUCGUUCUGACAAAUUACAUGAAUUAGAAAAAGAGAAUUUACAACUAAAGGCUAAAUUGCAUGAUAUGGAAAUGGAACGAGAUAUGGAUAGAAAGAAGAUUGAAGAAUUAAUGGAAGAAAAUAUGACUCUGGAAAUGGCACAGAAACAAAGUAUGGAUGAGUCAUUACACCUUGGCUGGGAGCUGGAACAGAUAUCCAGAACUAGUGAACUUGCUGAAGCACCACAGAAGUCCUUGGGCCAUGAGGUAAAUGAAUUAACAUCAAGUAAGUUGUUAAAGUUGGAAAUGGAAAACCAGAGUUUGACGAAAACCGUAGAAGAGCUUCGGAGCACUGUGGACUCUGCAGAAGGCAGCACUUCCAAAGUCCUAAAAGUUGAAAAGGAAAACCAGAGACUGAAUAAAAAGGUUGAAAUUCUUGAAAAUGAAAUUAUUCAAGAAAAGCAAAGUCUUCAGAAUUGUCAAAAUUUAAGCAAGGAUCUAAUGAAAGAGAAAGCUCAGCUUGAAAAAACAAUUGAAACACUCAGAGAAAAUUCAGAGAGGCAGAUUAAAAUAUUGGAGCAGGAAAAUGAACAUCUGAAUCAAACAGUGUCUUCCUUACGGCAGCGUUCCCAGAUUAGUGCGGAGGCAAGAGUGAAAGACAUUGAAAAAGAAAAUAAAAUUCUCCAUGAAUCUAUCAAAGAAACAAGUGGAAAACUAAGCAAGAUUGAAUUUGAAAAAAGGCAAAUGAAAAAGGAAUUAGAGCUUUAUAAAGAGAAAGGAGAGCGAGCAGAAGAACUGGAAAACGAGUUGAAUCAUCUUGGAAAGGAGAAUGAAUUGUUGCAGAAAAAGAUAACUAAUUUAAAGAUUACGUGUGAAAAACUUGAGACAUUAGAACAGGAAAAUUCAGAGCUAGAAAGAGAAAAUAGGAAAUUUAAAAAAACUUUGGAUAGCUUUAAAAACCUGACUUUUCAGUUAGAAUCUCUAGAAAAAGAGAAUUCCCAACUUGAUGAAGAAAACUUAGAACUGCGAAGGAGCGUGGAGUCUCUGAAGUGUGCGAGCAUGAGAAUGGCCCAGCUCCAGCUAGAGAACAAGGAACUGGAGAGUGAGAAGGAGCAGCUAAGGAAGGGAUUGGAGCUCAUGAGAGCGUCUUUCAAGAAAACAGAACGCUUGGAAGUUAGCUACCAGGGACUAGACACAGAAAAUCAAAGACUACAAAAAGCUCUAGAAAAUAGCAAUAAAAAAAUCCAACAGUUAGAGAGUGAGCUACAAGACUUAGAGAUGGAAAAUCAAACAUUACAAAAAAGCCUAGAGGAACUGAAAAUAUCUAGCAAAAGACUGGAACAACUAGAAAAAGAAAACAAGUCAUUAGAGCAAGAGACAUCUCAACUUGAAAAGGACAAGAAACAAUUGGAGAAGGAAAAUAAACGACUCCGACAACAAGCAGAAAUAAAAGAUACCACAUUAGAAGAAAAUAAUGUGAAAAUUGGGAAUUUGGAAAAAGAAAACAAAACUUUAUUCAAAGAAAUUAAUGUAUAUAAAGAGUCCUGUAUUCGUCUAAAAGAAUUAGAAAAAGAAAAUAAAGAGCUUGUAAAAAGAGCAACUAUUGAUAUUAAAACCUUGGUUACGUUACGUGAGGAUUUAGUCAGUGAAAAAUUGAAGACACAACAAAUGAACAAUGAUCUUGAGAAAUUAACUCAUGAGCUUGAGAAGAUCGGUUUAAAUAAAGAGCGGCUCCUACACGAUGAGCAGAGCACUGAUGAUAGUAGGUACAAACUUUUGGAAUCAAAAUUAGAAUCCACUCUUAAGAAGUCCCUUGAAAUAAAAGAAGAAAAAAUUGCUGCUUUAGAAGCUCGGUUAGAAGAAUCUACAAAUUACAAUCAGCAAUUGCGCCACGAACUUAAAACAGUGAAAAAAAAUUAUGAAGCUCUCAAACAGAGACAAGAUGAGGAAAGGAUGGUACAGAGUUCCCUUCCAGUCUCUGGAGAAGAUGACAAGUGGGGGCGAGAAAGUCAAGAAGCGACUAGAGAGCUCCUGAAAGUUAAAGACAGGUUAAUCGAAGUAGAAAGAAACAAUGCUACGCUGCAAGCCGAGAAGCAAGCACUGAAAACUCAACUGAAGCAACUUGAAACACAAAAUAAUAAUCUGCAGGCUCAGAUUCUUGCACUGCAGAGGCAGACAGUGUCACUGCAGGAGCAGAAUACCACUCUCCAGACACAGAAUGCCAAACUUCAGGUUGAAAAUUCUACCCUUAAUUCACAAAGUACUUCACUUAUGAACCAGAAUGCACAGCUUCUAAUCCAGCAGUCUUCCUUAGAAAAUGAAAAUGAAUCUAUAAUGAAAGAACGAGAAGACUUGAAAUCUCUGUAUGACGCUCUGAUAAAAGAUCAUGAAAAGCUGGAACUUCUUCAUGAACGGCAAGCUUCAGAGUAUGAAUCUCUGAUCUCCAAACAUGGCACCCUAAAGUCUGCUCACAAAAAUCUUGAAGUGGAACAUAAAGAACUUGAAGACCGUUACAAUCAGUUAUUAAAACAGAAAGGACAAUUGGAAGAUUUGGAAAAAAUGAUCAAAAUGGAACAGGAAAAAAUGCUGCUUGAAAGCAAAAACCACGAAGUGGUAGCUUCAGAGUACAAGAAGCUUUGUGGUGAAAAUGAUAGGUUAAAUUAUACAUAUAGUCAGCUUUUAAAAGAAACUGAAAUUUUACAAAUGGACCAUAAAAAUUUGAAAAGUGUUCUAAAUAAUUCUAAAUUGGAACAAACAAGAUUAGAAGCUGAAUUUUCAAAGCUAAAGGAGCAGUAUCAGCAACUAGAUAUCACAUCUACCAAGUUAAAUAACCAGUGUGAGUUGCUCAGCCAACUUAAAGGAAAUUUAGAAGAAGAAAAUCGACAUUUACUUGAUCAGAUCCAGACACUAAUGCUACAGAACAGAACACUGCUGGAGCAAAAUAUGGAAAGCAAGGAUCUCUUUCAUGUUGAACAAAGACAGUACAUUGAUAAAUUAAAUGAAUUGAGACGACAGAAAGAGAAAUUAGAAGAGAAAAUUAUGGAUCAAUACAAAUUUUAUGACCCAUCUCCUCCUAGAAGGAGAGGCAACUGGAUUACUCUAAAAAUGAGAAAAUUGAUAAAGUCCAAGAAAGAUAUUAACCGGGAACGUCAGAAAUCUCUAACCCUAACACCCACCCGCUCAGACUCCAGUGAAGGGUUUCUUCAGCUGCCCCAUCAAGACAGUCAAGACAGCUCUUCAGUAGGAUCAAACUCUUUAGAAGAUGGCCAAGCCCUGGGAACCAAGAAGAGCAGCAUGGUUGCACUGAAAAGACUGCCCUUUUUGAGGAACAGACCGAAGGAUAAAGACAAAAUGAAGGCCUGCUACCGUCGUUCCAUGUCCAUGAAUGACCUGGUGCAGUCCAUGGUCCUAGCAGGAGGACAGUGGACAGGUAGUACUGAAAAUUUGGAGGUCCCUGAUGAUAUUUCAACGGGUAAAAGGAGAAAAGAAUUGGGAGCUAUGGCCUUCUCUACUACAGCCAUCAACUUUUCAACUGUCAACUCUUCUGCAGCCUUCCGAUCCAAGCAGUUGGUUAAUAAUAAAGAUACUACAUCCUUUGAAGACAUAAGUCCACAAGGUAUUAGUGAUGACUCUAGUACGGGAUCAAGAGUUCAUGCUUCAAGACCAGCCAGCCUUGAUAGUGGCAGAACAUCCACUAGCAAUAGCAAUAAUAAUGCUUCACUCCAUGAAGUCAAAGCAGGUGCAGUUGAUAUCCAAAGCAGGCCACAAAGCCACAGCAGUGGAGAUUUCAGUCUGCUUCAUGGUCAUGAGACUUGGUCUAGCAGUGGUAGCAGUCCAAUUCAGUAUUUGAAAAGACAGACCAGGUCAAGCCCUAUGCUCCAGCACAAAAUAUCUGAAACAGUAGAGAGUCGAGCCCAUCACAAGAUGAAAGCUGGCUCCCCAGGAAGUGAAGUUGUUACUCUACAACAGUUUUUGGAAGAAAGCAACAAGUUUACCUCAAUACAGUUGAAGUCCUCGAGUCAAGAGAAUCUUUUAGAUGAAGUAAUGAAAAGUUUGUCUGUCUCUUCUGACUUUCUGGGGAAAGACAAGCCAGUUAGCUGUACCCUGGCCAGGUCAGUAAGUGGAAAAACUCCAGGGGACUUCUAUGAUAGACGGACAACUAAGCCUGAAUUUUUGAGAACUGGUCCUCAAAAGACUGAAGAUGCCUACACCAUCAGCUCUGCAGGGAAACCUACACCAAGCACUCAAGGAAAGAUAAAACUAGUAAAAGAAACCUCUGUGUCAAGACAAUCAAAAGAUAGCAAUCCUUAUGCCACUUUACCUCGUGCAAGCAGUGUGAUCUCUACUGCUGAAGGAACAACUCGAAGGACGAGCAUCCAUGAUUUUUUGAGCAAAGACAGUAGACUGCCCAUGUCAGUCGAUUCAUCACCACCUAUUGCUGGUAGCAGCAGCACUACAGCAUCUAGUGAGUACCAUUUACAGCAGAGGUCCUCUGACGUGCCGACACACUCUGAGGACACAUCUGAGUCCAUUUAUACCCAGGCUAGAAAUUCAAGUUCAGGAAGGCCAUGUUUUCUAAACCAAACUUUUGCCACUGUUAAAAUGUCUAAUGAUACAUUUGGAAUAUCAGGUAAUGAUAGCCAUGAGACAUUUAGUGUGGUUCAUUCAUCUCAGCCAUUUCUAUCCCUGAACACAGAAUUAGUUAGUAACAUAAGUGGGUUACCUCCCAAGUCACUCACUAGAGUAACUGACCAGACCUUUGCCUCUUUGGAUAAAGCUGCACAGAAAGAUAACAAACAUUUUUCUGAUAGUCACAGUAAGCCACAGUUGUCUGUAGAUAGCAAUCUUAUCAUUCCUGCCUGCCUCUACCCUGAUGACACAGAAGUUGCAUUAUCAGUUUCAGAGGACAGUCAAACUGUUUGGUAUGAAUAUGGUUGUAUUUGAUCAAAACUGCAUAAUAUGUUAAUAUUAUUCAUUAGGCUUAUAUUAAGAUUGUUACAGAGUUAAGCUAUAUAAAAAGGCAUGUGUAUAAAUACCACACCAAAGUCUGCAUGAAAUAGUAAUUACAUUGUGCAUUUUUGCAUGCCUUUAAAACCCCACCAACGUUUCUUUCACAUCUUUUUAAUGCUUGAUAAAGAUGAUAAAGACAUUUCAUGUCAUGGAGCAUGUCCAAGUAGCUGCAUGUGCUGUUAUCAAGAAAACAUAUCCAAGUCAUUGUUUGGCUGCUUGUAAAAAGCAUGUUCAUUUGCUCUUCCUGCUGCCUGCUCCCCCUACCCCUCUCCUUUAUUUCCUGAAUGUGCACUUCGUGCUGCACAUGCACAGCAUUAAUAAGGAAAAUGUUUUUGAAAUGGUAUUUUUUGUCACUUAAUCAUGUUAUCUGUCCUGUUCUAUUUUUAAAGAAACAGUUAAUAGUUCAUCUUUAUUUGAACUAAUGCUUACAUUUAUAAAACAUUGUUCAAAUUUAAAAUACUGUUUAUUCAUAAAUGUGUUAUUGCUAGAGUUUUCUAUCAAAUUUAAAUGUGAUUUACACAGUGAGUAGGAGUGUUUAUAUUACAGUUCUCUUCUUGGUGCUGUUCCUUUCCUGAUAAAUGCAAUAGCUUAACUACUUCCCCUUUAAUUUUUUGGUAUCCUUUAACACAAAUUUUUCCAGUUUUUUUUUUUUUAACAUAUGAGUCAAAGAGAAAUAAACCAAGUAACUUAUUACCUUGGGAAUUUGUAUUUUUACAGAAGAAUAGCAAGAUUUUUAAAUGAUGAAAAAAUUAACUUCUGUCAUUAAUUUAUUACUAAAUGUAAAUCCUUAAUGCAAACUUUUUAAAAAUUAAUACAUUGUGCUAGAGUAUAAAAUUAGGACUCGUGAGCAUAAAAAUAAAAAAUAUGCUAUGUAGUCUUUAUUCUAAAAUCUGUUGUAUUAAAACCAUAGUCUUGCCUGGUGUAUUCCUUUAACCCUGGCACUUUGGGAGGCAGAGGUGAGUGGUUCUCUGAGUUCCAGGCCAGCCAGGGCUGUGAACUGGGACCCUGUCUCAAAAAGUUCAAACAAAAAGAAAACAAAACAAACAAAUAAACAAAAAUAGUCUUUAGCUUCCCACACUCCAAAACAAUCCACACAAGAUAGAGAUAAUAUCCAUAAACAUGGACUCCAAUUUCAUAUAGUUUUCAAUUAUCUUUGUUUUCAUGUCUUUCUACACCAAAUCAGCUUCAAUUUCUCAGUAUUAAAAAAAUCUAUAAUCUUAUUUCUGCAGGAUAUUUAGCUGUUUCAGGAAUAUUUUCAUAAUUUUAAUUCAGCCUAAAUAUUCCUAAUAAAACUCCACCUUAGAUAGGCGCCAUAAGAAGCUCUAUGAGUGAAGGGAUUAGUGUUUGUGUACUUAACCUCACUGAGCUGUUGUUAAUACCAAAUGAAAGGGAAAAUCUUCAGUCUUUGCUUAACUAAAUUUGUAUCCUUUGUGAAAAUCUCUCCCCUGGUACAUUCCCAGGAUCACUUUACGGGUAGAUCCCUUUUGUUUAUAUUGCUGACCAUAUGUUUCUUUCCUUACAGCUAGUCUUAAAAUAGUUCUGAGACAAGUGAUCAGAUGAACACAAGCGGUAUUUUACAUAUUUUAGUACCACCUAUUAGGCUUACUGCAUGAAAAUAUCAUUACCUUAUACUAUGAAUCUUUUGUCUACUCAAUCUUAAUACUUGAGACAUUUUUGUGCUGUUUUCCCUUUUGUUUGUAGCCUACUAAUAAAUGGUAUGCUGAGACUGAUGCAGCAGGAUGACAGAAAUGCUUUACUUAGCUUUGGACAUCAUGAAACAGACCUUAUACUUUCUACACUUAAAAAGUAUUGCUAAUUUUGUUAAUUCAAAAUAUAUUUUAAAUUAUGUAUUUUAUAAAAGCUAUAUUGUUUUAUUUUAUGAAAACAGACUUACAGAAGUAUUUUGUCUCUAACGUCUAAAGGAUACACUGCAUGUAAAAGAGGUAAAUACUAUGUCCAUAUUUCCUGUGGGCUAAGAUUGCAGUGUAGAAUUCUUCCAAGUACAUCACAUACUAUGGAGUCAAAGUUUCCUCAAAUACCACUAAUACUAUGUUGCUUAUGACUUUAAAAUAUAAAAAAGUAGGUUCCAUGUAAAAUGUCUGUCAGAUUAAUAAUUUUCCACGUUUCAAAUUCCUUUGUCCUCAGCUUAAAAGCUUUUUAGUUUAUCUUCAUGAGUUUUGUUACUAAACUUUUGAGUAAAUAACAUGACCUA